CAUGGGCUCCGACGGGCAAGAGGAAUCACUGCCACGUUCACUAUAUGCUGUUGCUCCUGCUUUAGCCAACGACAUCCCAUGGACCCUACUACCGGCAAUUACCCUAAGCCCCCUGUUCCCUUCAUCAGGGGUAGGGUAUUUCCUGUCCGGUCCCAUGUUACUCCACCACCCACACUCGUGACCCGGGAUUGCUGUCGUAAUUUCCAUCAUGGGAGGGAAGAAAGAGCGCAACUCACGCCAGUGGCUCGGAGCCUGAAGCAUCCACCGUUGCCAGGAGAUCUGGGCUCAGAUACUCUCGAGUUCGAGAUUCUGGAUCCGAUCAGAGUCGGUGAUGGGCACAACGCUCAGGUCUUCAAUGUCCGUAUUUCAAACACCCAGCCCAAGUCAGAAAUAUUCCAGGGGAGAAAGGAGCUGGUCGCUAAGGUGUAUGACCCUCUUUACCUCGAUGAUGACGACGGCUUUCUCAACCCGUUCCUCUGCGUGGACAAGCAUUACACACAUGAGGUACACGCCUAUCAUGUGCUCUCCAAUCUCCAGGGGUACCUAAUCCCUCGGUUCUACGGCUCUUACUCUCUCGAUAUAGAAUGUGAAGGAGCCGAUCAUAGAUCGGAUACACGCACUGUCCGCCUGAUCCUGAUAGAACCUAUCCCUGGAGUAUCAAUGCGAGAAGCGGACCGGAGCAAAAUCCCCCAACCGGAGCGCCAGCAAAUCAUCAAAUCUGUAAUUGACUUUGAAACCGAGGCUUACAGACGAGAUAUCAUUCUCACCGAUUUGAGCCCCCGAAAUGUCAUGAUGGUGCCACCCGGCUUGCAUCCGGGAGGGAAUUUAAUAUUCCUGGACUUCGGCGGUGCUAUCUUUAACCGGAGAUUGGAUGAGCCGGUGGCCGCCCAUCUGGAGCUUUUCCUUGGCCAAUAUAUCUCACCUCUGAUCCGGUGGCACGGGCUUUUGAUGCUUGACUUUGAGGAAUGGGUUGAUUGGGAAUGGAAACCCUGGGUAGAAUCCGAAUAUGCCCAUACCGCCGACACUAUCACACCAGAGAUGCGUGCUUGGUAUUGUCCAUGAUACGAAGACUGUUGGAGCCCCAAGGCGGAGGACGGCGUGUAGUGUAGGGGGCUGCUUCGUAUCUUGAGUUCAACACUACAGUUCGAUGACCCCGCCGUCCAGUGUCAAUCGCUUUAUUUGAGUUUGCGCUUCCCUCCCGUCCUACCUUGUUCCUAUUUUUCGGUCCAUUUUAUAGGUAGUGUAUUGCCGAGCA